AUGAAAUAUUACGAAACAGGCUCGAUCAGGCCAGGGGUGAUUGGAGGCUCAAAGCCAAAAGUGGCCACAGCGAAGGUCGUGGAAGCCAUAUCCGCGUACAAGAAGCAGAACCCUACAAUGUUCGCGUGGGAGAUACGAGAUCGACUUCUCAGCGAUGCAGUUUGUGAUCAUGACAACGUGCCCAGUGUGAGCAGCAUCAAUAGGAUUGUUAGGAAUAGGACAAUGGACAAGGCAAUGAAGAAUACAGAAAGAAGGAGUUCUUCCACUGGAACUCCUGACCAUCGGAGAUCUCCGUCGUUCUCAGCUCCAGCGUCCCUUCUGCACACGACCAACACUACAUCCGUCAUAGCGCAUGCGCCCCCCGUGCAGGAGUACUCGACUGCGCGUAACGGUCACUAUUCCAUCAGCGGCCUUCUGGGUAUCGAGGGUCCGGUUGGCGGUGCCAAAGGGCGGAACACAGGAGCGAUCAAGUCAGAACCGGAUGAGCACUCAUUUAAUCGGUCAGAAGCAGCUCAGGCAUGGAUGAACCGGAUCAAGUUCGACAGCUCCUCGUACGCGACGGCCAUGAAUGAUAUUGGAACCCUGUUCUCGGCGGGCCCCGGUACCUUGCUGCCCGUCUCCUGCGUCGGUGCAAACUUCGGUGACCACUUGAACGCCAUUGCGGCGGCAGGUGGCGACAAGAGCGGGGACGUGGCCGCUUUGAUCCCAAAGCCCGGCGCCGGCAGCAACGGAGGUGGCGUCGGUGAGUACCCUUUGUGA